CUGGGUUGGUCAGGCAGCGAUUUAUAUACGCACGUUCAACUCGCAUUCUCAUCUGUUCUCGAUAAAAUCGGAUACUCAGCCUUUUGUGAAAUAAUUAAUAAUUGGAAAAAAAAUGAAGAUACCUCUUUUAUCCGAAACCAAGUUGAGUUAGCACUUAAAUGGUCGAACAAUGUCUUUCGUGGGUCAGAUAUUUCCGAAUCUUGUACUCACGAUGAACAACUUACCAUUGAGGAAUAUCGUGAUGAAGAUUAUCAUCUUACCGAAGAUGAAGGAUCUGAUGAAUUAAUUGAUGGCUUAGACUCUGAUCAAAGCGAUAGCCCUGGGGAUGAUGACACUCUAUCUAUAGAGGAUGAUUUUCCCUUUCGUUAUGCUGAUAUAGAAUUUAUGCUGCCAAAAGAAACGUAUGAUUCUGUCUCAUUUUGUUGCCAGUCUUCAUCACUCUUCUUCUCUCCUUUGACGAAGCCUGCCAUGGCGCACGCAUCUGUUACGUACGAUCCUAGAAUCGCCCACCAAGGUGCCGAGGCCAUGCGCGAUGCUGUU